AUGGAGCAGAAUAAUGGCACUGAACUCGUUGAAAGGAAAAAGGGUGGUUACAGAACUCUCCCCUUAAUCAUAGCAAAUGAGACCUUUGAAAAGAUUGCAGUAGUGGCGCUUCGUGUAAACAUGAUAUUGUACUUGCUACAGGAGUAUCAUUUUGAACCUGCAACUGCAGCCAUUGUAAUAUUCCUGUGGAGUGCCUUCACAAAUUUGUUGCCUAUCUUUUGUGCUUUACUUUCUGACUGUUGGCUUGGACGAUUUUCUGUUGUUGCACUCGGAACAAUCAUACACCUUGUUGGCUUAGUUGUACUGUGGCUCACUGCUAUUAUUAGGCAUGCAAGACCUCAGUGUGAUAUAGAACCUUGUGCAAAUCCUACAGGAUCUCAACUCCUGAUUCUUUUUUCUUCAUUGAUUCUCAUGGCUCUUGGAGCCGCUGGAAUUAGGUCGUGUACCUUAGCCUUUACUGCUGAUCAAAUCAACGACCCUGAAAACUCACAAAACGAGACUACCAUGAAGAGUUUCUUCAAUUGGUAUUAUGUUUCGGUUGGCCUUUCCGUAACGAUUUCAAUGACUUUAAUAGUGUAUGUUCAAGUUGCAACAGGGUGGAUUGUGGGUUUUGGAAUUUCGACGGGGCUUAUGUCAUUUUCAGCUAUCUUGUUUUUUUUGGGUUCUUCCAUAUACAUCAAAGUGAAACCAAACAAGACCCUGUUCACAGGCUUUGCCCAAGUGAUUGCAGCAGCUUGGAAAAACAGACACUUACCUUUACCUCCAAAGAACUCUGACAUCUGGUAUUUCCACAAUGGCUCUAAUUUUGUUCAACCAACAGACAAAGUAAGGUUCUUGAACAAGGCUUGCAUGAUAAAGAACAAAGAGAAAGAUUUGGACUGUGAUGGGAUGGCCAUAGAGCCAUGGAGUGUUUGCACAGUGAGACAAGUAGAGGAAUUGAAAGCCAUAAUCAAAGUCUUACCCAUUUGGUCUACUGGCAUAAUAAUUGCUACUACCAUAAGCCAGCAAUCAUUUUCAGUGAUUCAAGCAGAAACCAUGAACAGAGUGGUGUUGAAUAGGGAUAUCCCACCGACAAACUUCACUGCAUUUAUAUUCGUGACUCUGACCCUAUGGGUGAUUUUGUAUGAUAGAAUUUUAGUUCCCUUGCUCCCUAAGGAGCGAGUACUCACUGAAAAACAACGAAUGGGAAUUGGGCUAGUGAUUUCAUGCUUGGCCAGUAUAGUGGCGACAUUGGUAGAGAAGAAGAGAAGAAAUGAAGCAAUAGAGGAAGGGUUUAUGGACAACCCGAAAGGAGUGGUGAACAUGACAGCCAUGUGGUUGGUGCCGCAAUUCUGUCUAUGUGGUUUAGCGCAAGGUCUUAAUUUCAUCGGACAACUUGAGUUUUAUUACUCUCAGUUUCCGAAAACUAUGUCUAGUGUUGCUGUUUCGCUGUGUACCCUUGGCCUUGGAGUAGGGAACUUGGUCGGAAGCCUGAUUGUGAAGGCUGUGAAAGAUGGAACAAAGAAAGGAGGAAAAGAUAGUUGGCUGGCAUCAAAUAUUAACAGAGGACACUAUGAUUACUACUAUGGCCUACUUUUCAUUCUAAAUUUGGCUAAUUUGCUAUGCUUUUGCAUAUGGAGCAGAGCUUAUGGGAGUACUCAGGAUAUCAAAUAUUGGGAGGAAGACAUUCACACAAAAUUCAUAUCAAACAAAAACACCAAUGCAAAAUACAGAAAUCGACAAAACAUAUAA